AAGUAAAAAAAAACUCAUAGAGAAACUAAGAAAAAUAAAUGAAGAUGGUUAACUCUUCCCAAACCCUAAUACUCGUGGUGGUAGCUCUUGUCCUAGCUUUUGCAGCAGUUCCUAUGAAAGCCCAAGACCGGCCACAAGACUACCUCGAUGUGCACAACCGUGCUCGAGACAACGUUGGUGUGCGUCAUAUAAAAUGGCAUGCGGAUGUGGCGGAAUACGCCCGACGAUAUGCUCAGAAAAGGCGUGGUGACUGUCGUCUUGUUCACUCAGACUCAGGCGGGCGUUACGGUGAAAACUUGGCAUGGAGCAGUGGUGAUAUGUCCGGAGCUGCCGCAGUGAGAUUGUGGGUCGACGAGAAGCCUGACUACUUCUACAGUUCGAACACGUGUCGUGCUGGAAAACAGUGUGGACAUUAUACUCAAGUUGUGUGGAGAAACACGGAGUAUGUUGGGUGUGCCAAAGUCAAGUGUGACAAUGGUGGAACCUUUGUGACUUGCAACUACUUUCGUCCUGGUAAUAUUAGGGGCCGUUGGCCUUAUUAAUUAAGUAUAUGUAUCGCAGAUGAAUACAUGUAAGUACUUGUCCAUAGUGGACGUGCGUUUCUGUAAUUUCAAUAAAUGAUCAUCAUCACAGGAUAUGGUGAUUCCUUUCUGUGUAUAUAUAUAUGGUUUGUAUGAUAUGUUGUGACGAAAUAAUACGUUUUCUGGUGCUUAAAAUUCGUGCUGUCGCUAAAGUAU